AUGGCUUCAGUGGACGUUCUCGCUCCUGAAUCAUCCGCUGCCUUUGGGACCGUGAAGAGAAAAAGGUCAAGCUCGUACCUCAACAGCAGCAGCAGCAACAACAACAAGAUGGCACACAAAACCCCGAACGGACCGACUUUUGACCCAGAGACGCAUCUCAACUUCCAACCCCCAAGCAAGAUCUGGACCAUGAAGGAGAUGGGAUUUGCGGAGCAGGGAGUCUCGCCGAAUGCCGUCUCGGAGCCCUUUCCUCUCUUCACCGCAGACGCCAUUCAGCAGAUGAGAGCUGAAGUCCUCAGCAAGCCAGUCUGGGACAACUGCAAGUACUCCAGCGAGCUUGCCCAUUGCCAGCUGCGAGGAUUUGCCCCCGAAUAUGCACCAUUUGUGUACGAUGCGUGGCGAAGCCCGGCGGUCCUCUCCAUCGUGUCCAAGAUCGCUGGCGUCGAACUGGUCCCGGCCAUGGACCUGGAGAUCGCCCAUAUCAACAUCUCCAGCAACACCAAGGAACAAAUCGAAGCGGUCAAGCAGGCUCUGGAAGAGAAAUCUCACCGCGAGGCGGACGAAGGCGUUUCGGGGUGUCCAUACGAAGACGACCAGCCCAUUGUCGAUUGGCACACCGACAGCUACCCCUUUGUGUGUGUGACAAUGCUCAGUGACUGCACCAACAUGAUCGGUGGGGAGACAGCAUUGAGGAUGGGGACCGGGGAGAUCAUGAAAGUCCGUGGACCUGCCAUGGGUAACGCCAUUGUCCUCCAAGGCCGAUACAUCGAGCACCAAGCGUUGCGUGCGCUGGGGACCACGGAACGCAUCUCGAUGGUGACGUCGUUCCGGCCCAAGUCGGCCUUCAUCAAGGACGACACGGUGCUGACGACGGUGCGGCCCAUCUCCGACCUGCGGGAGCUGUACUCGCAGUACGCCGAGUACCGGUUCGAGAUGCUGGAGGAGCGGGUGCGCGCGCAUCUGAAGGUGAUCCGGGACGGCAAGCGAGCGCGCCGCUUCGACACCAAGGCCACCAAGGCCUUCAUCCGGGAACAGCGAAGCUUCUUGGACUCGAUGCUGCGGGAGCUGGUGGACGAUGACAUGGUGACGGCCGGCAUGCUGGGCGGGGCAAACCACCUAUUUAGCGACGAGUUGAUUUCGGAAUACCGCAAGAAGCCCCGGCUGUAG